CAACAUGUUGGAAGGUGAUCCGGAAAUAUUCGCCGCUGGAAACUGCUACGAUUAUAAGGAAUUUAAGAAUUACACAAUGUUUUGCCCGUACGCUUAUCGGACCGACGACGGAACAAUUAAUGUAAAGGACUUGUCCAUUGCUUACCCUUAUCUUGGAAACGACUCCGAAUGGUUCCAUUCGGCUCGCAUGCGGGCUAGCAAAGUUCAGAACUUUAACUUCACUAUAGGGACUACAGAGCCUCGAUUUAACCAGACAACUCAUCUCGAGGCCGUGACGGACACGAUUAUCACGUCCACUUAUGACGAUGGCCAUUGGUCACGCCCUUAUUUUGACUGCGGAGGCGGCUACAUAUGGAUGAUGACAUAUACAGUCCCGUUCUUCGGCUUCAAAGAUGGAAAGUUCAAGUUCAAGGGGACAAGUGGAAUAGACAUAGCCUUGCAGAAAGUGGACAUUGACCAGUGUCCGCAGCCAGAUGGUGCCACGGAACCAAACGUCUUCGCGGGGUCAGCAAGGUGUAAAUCGUCCACAACACGGUGCGAACCUCUCCCCCGGUUGGGCUUCCGUAGAGGAUCGUACAAGUGUGUUUGUCUCGAUGGUUAUUAUUUUCCAAACCUUGACUCGCCUCACCGUUACUUCAAUGGAACUGAAGUGGAAUAUGAGUACGCUAAGAAAACAAGGAGAGAAGAAAACGUGUAUGAUAUUUCCUUCGAGUGUCUGCCGUGCGCAGCCGGAUGUGAUGCGUGUGAAGAUCCUUCCCCCUGCAUCCUCACCCUUAACUGGUUGCAGCGUAGCGUAGUUCUAGGUGCAUCAGGACUUAUCAUGUGCUGUAUUCCACUCCUUAUUUGGUUUACAGUGCAUUACCGCCACGUCAAGGUCCUGAAAGCAUGCAGUCCGGUCUUGAUGCGUAUUAUUCUAGUUGGAGCAUUCCUCCUGUAUUGUCCGUUGAUCGUUGGGUACUUCGAAGCAACGGUCAUCACUUGCAUUUUGAAGUUUUGGUUUAGAGAAAUCGGAUUUUCAAUAUCGUAUGGGGCCCUACUUUUGAAAACAUGGCGAAUUUCCGUUGUCUUCCGGGUGAGGUCGGCUCAGCGUGUGAAAAUUUCAGACGCAGAUCUCAUCAAACGUCUUCUUAUCAUCAUUUUCAUCUGCGCAGCUUAUCUCACUGCCAGGACCAUAGCGGGUACACCAAGGGUGAUAGAAGGUCGUAAUGUAGAUGACCUGAAGGCGUUCCAGUGUUCGGCAGAUUGGUGGGACCAUUCGGCAGCUAUAGCGGAAUUAAUAUUCCUACUGUGGGGGAUACGCUUGUGUAUUGUGGUACGAAAGGCGCCUUCAGAAUUCAACGAGAGUCGAUUUAUAAGCUGGGCCAUCUACAACGAGACACUGCUUUCCUUAUUUCUUAAUGUUUCAAUGAUUUUUUUACAAGAUCCUUUCCCCACGAAUCCGGAUCUACUGCUACUAGUACUAUUUAUACACACACAGCUAACUACCACCGUUACAUUAGCAUUUUUGUUUGGGAGUAAGGCUUACCUGGUAUACAAGGGAUACAAGGGAGAAAACAGCAACCAUACAACGAUGAUAAGUAAAGGUUCCAAGCAGCACCUCAAUUCCAAUAAACCCUCAUCGACCCUCAAUACUUCCGUAUGUAACUCCUCCUGUAACUAUAACUACUCGGAAAAGGGGGACGAAGCGGAGUGUGAGAGCUUGUUAGAAAAAGAUAUUCAGGAGGAAUUUCGCCGCCUUUACACCCAGCUCGAGUUCUUAAAGCAACGGAAUAUGAAAAUUGGAAAUAGACAUCUCCAACAUAAACUUUCCGCAAUGACAGAAGCAGCUCAGAAAGAGGAUUCACCCAAUUCUUCACCGUCUUCCCCAAAUAUGAAUGGAAAGAGGGUAGUGAUCAAUUUAGACUCGUUCAAGGAAGCCACAACAUUAUAGCAGAUCUUUCAACUCGAGAUGUCAUGGAUUGGUAUCUGUGUUUCUAGGAGGGAACAUCAUCGUGUCUGUAUAUGUUAAACUCUGUAAACGUUGGAUGUUUUAGUACUUGUUAAGUGCUAACAGAAUAUGCAUUUGUUGUGAUACGAGUUCAUUGAAAAGACUCCGAUUUCAAUAUUAUAAACAAUCAUGAUAUGUAGAUACAUGUUGGGAAGUUUCUGUACCCUUCUUUAAGUAUGUGUUAGUAAAUAUUAGAUAAUUCUACAAUAUUUAGUUCCGAAAUAUAUAUGAAGAAAUUGAUGUUUCAAGGAAACUGG